AUGAAAAAGCAACUGAUUGAUUUGUCGAGAAGCUUUGGCACUGAUGUUGCUCUACAAACUGAUAAUGUUUUCCGCAAAAACAAGAGAUUGGUUGUUUUCGAUAUGGAUUCCACUCUCAUUCAACAGGAGGUCAUUGACGAGAUUGCAAGACAUGCUGGUGUUAUGGAUAAAGUAUCUGCUAUCACAGAAGCUGCCAUGAAUGGAGAAAUCGAUUUCAAGGAGUCGCUUCGUCGACGUGUUGCACUUUUGCAAGGCACAAAUGUGGAUGUUCUUCGUACGGUCCGUGAUAGUUUGACAUUCACUGAAGGCGCAAGAUUCCUGUGCCGUGCACUUAAAAGACUUGGUUUCAAGCUCGCAGUUAUCAGCGGCGGGUUUAUACCCCUGGCAAAUUAUGUAAAGGCUGAAUUAGGUCUCGACUAUGCUUUCGCUAACCAGUUGAAGGUAUCGUCAGAUGGCUUGUUCCUUACAGGAGAAACCGUUGGCCCCAUCGUAGAUGGACUUAGAAAGGCUGAACUUCUGGAAGUUAUUGCCCAAGCUGAGGGUGUCACUCUUGACCAGGUUAUUGCAGUUGGAGAUGGAGCGAACGAUCUUUGGAUGCUUGGAAAAGCUGGACUUGGUAUUGCUUUCAAUGCCAAACCUCGUGUUCAGGAACAGGCACAAACAAGAAUCAACCAGAAGAGUUUGAGAUAUGUCCUUUCACUCCUUGGAUACUCGGACGAGGAUAUGCAACAGUUGCACGACCACUAUUAA